UCAUCAUUAUCCACCUGAAUCUUUCAUACUUAAAGGAAAAGCUUACAAAACUUGUGCGAAUUGUCUUAUCUUUAAAGCUGAAAAGCGAAGAAAAUUAGAUAAUGAUAGUACUCAAACCACUAUUGAGACAAUUUCAGCACAAUCUCUUUCUAAUUAUAUAGCAAACCUAAUCUCCAAUAUUGAAAAUAAUAGCAGAAUUUUAUUUGAAAUACGUAUUGAUCUUACUGACGAUACCUUUUCUAAAAUAGAGUCUAAUGAUCUUAAAUCAUUAGCAAGAAUAAUUGUAGAUAAAGUUGAAGAAGGAGAUGAUUAUGUCUA